AUGGAUCAAAUACCCUUUGAGAGCAAGGCGUCAUCUCGUCAAGUCUCUGUACGUGGAACAGUCGUUGGCUUGGCCAUUGGGUCUCUCGUCCUGAUAUCAAAUUUUCAGUUUGGGCUACAAACGGGAUGGGUGUCUAUGAUGUCACUGCCGUCAGCAUUGUUGGCCUGUGCUCUUUUCAAACAGCUACUACCAGCUGUCUACCCACAAUUGGAACCUUUUACAGAUGUCGAGAACGUCUACAUCCAAUCCUUAGCGGUCGCUGUGGGAACUGGCCCAUUGGCGUAUGGGUUUGUGGGCGUGAUACCAGCGAUAGAGAAUUUUCUGACAGCAGAGGAAUCUGGCUUCACACGAGAACAAGGCGAGCCUUUUCCUCUUUCUCAUUUGCUGCUAUGGUCACUGGCCCUGGCGUUUUUUGGAAUAUUCUUCGCUGUGCCACUCCGAAAGCAGGUCAUUGUCAAGGAAAAACUACCUUUUCCCAGCGGAAGUGCCACUGCCACACUCAUAGCAAUUUUAAAUGGGUCCGAAAUAUUGCAGGAGAUUUCACCCAAGGAACUACACGAAAUGCGGGAAAGGAGACUACGUGAGUAUAGCGACGUUUUAACGAGUGAUGAGCGAACCUCUCUCAGACAGGAACGCCAGCAGGGAUGUGCAGUUGAAGAGAGUGGUAGUCCAGGUGAACAGGGCCCUCAUGAUAAUUCACCAGUAUAUGCUCCUACUGCAAUAUACGGCAGCUCACCACCACCUUCCGUCGUCGAGUCCAAAUCUGUCUAUGAAAGGAACAUCACAAUCUUGAUACGGACUUUCGCACUUUCAUCUGUAUACACUGUCCUAUCAUACUUUACACCUGCAAUUAAGGCCAUUCCCAUUUUUGGAUCAAGGUUAUCGUCAACAUACUUAUGGAAUUUGCAGCCCUCGCCUGCGUAUAUAGGCCAAGGAAUCAUAAUGGGCCUACCAACUGUUAGCUACAUGCUUUUGGGAUGCGUACUAGGUUGGGGCGUGCUUGCUCCUCUUGCGCGCCACAAGCGAUGGGUCGAUCCCGACGCUGAUACCAACGAUUGGGAAAACGGAUUUCAGGGGUGGAUCCUUUGGUGCUCGUUGGCAGUCAUGGUGGUAGACUCCGUUGUUGGCUUCAUAGUGUUCACGACCAAAUCUGUUAUAAGGUUCUGUCUCCGUAACGAUAAAAGGUAUGCUUUGGAGUCCAUGAUCGAUGAUUCCUUGCAAUCCAUGUUAAUGGAAGAGGAGAGGAUGAUCAACAAAGCUAGCGGUGGCUCCCACCGUCGUCAAAGUAGCGUCAAAUUGGUGAGUGCUGACCAUGAUCAUGAGGUAGAUUCGCGUCAACUUGUAAAAUUGACUACAGUUGUGAGUGGUCUUAUCAUUUCCUCCAUCAUAUGCGUGGUAUGCAUGGUUUACCUAUUUGGUUCUCAGAUUGUGCCUUUGUCAUCAGUAAUGAUCGCCCUAGUCUUAGCGUUAUUCUUGUCUGUACUCGCGGUGAGAGCUUUAGGCGAGACUGAUUUGAAUCCUGUGAGUGGGAUCGGUAAGCUCUCUCAAUUGGUUUUUGCGAUGAUAACCCCGAGCUCAAUGAAAGGCGGCGUCUUAUUGAAUCUGGUGGCGGGUGGUAUUGCUGAGGCUGGCGCUCAGCAAGCAGGCGACCUUAUGCAAGAUUUGAAGACAGGCCAUUUGUUGGGGGCUUCCCCGAGGGCACAGUUUUUUGCCCAACUCAUCGGCGCGUCUUGGUCGGUUUUAUUUUCGAGUUUGAUGCAUGUCCUUUACAAUCGUAUUUACGAGAUACCAAGCGCUCAGUUCCGAGUUCCAACUGCAGUGAUAUGGAUCGACUGUGCACGGCUCGUGACCGGAAAGGGUCUUCCAGAUAUGGCUCUUGAAUGCACGAUUGUGCUAGGUACUAUAUUCGCGGUCCUAUCGCUGGUGAAAAAUCUAUAUCGAGACAAAGGCUACAAGUGGUUGCUCUGGAUUCCAUCAGGAGUAGCAGUGGGUGUAGGUAUCUACAACUCGCCUAGUUUCACUCUAGCAAGGGUCAUUGGGGGCUGUUUUGCACACGUGUGGUUGAGAACUCACCGGGGUGAUACUUCAGCGAAGACCUCAAUGAUAGUGUUCAGCUCUGGGCUUGUGCUAGGAGAAGGUGUGUGCAGCAUCUUCAACAUGAUUUUCACCAGUUACAACGUUCCCCACCUAUAG